CAAUCACUAAAAUGUUCUUCUGGCCGAGGUCCGAAUAGGGUGUGCCCAUCAGUGUGCCCCCCUUACAUUAGGUGUUGCCAUCAGAGUGCAGUAUUACAUCAUGUAAUGCCAUCACAUCAGGUGUGCCCAUCAGAGUGCUCCUUUACGUCAGUUGUCCCCAUCAGAGUGCCCCUUUACAUCAGAUAUCCCCAUCACAGUGCCACCUUACAUCAGGUAUUCCCAUCAGAUACCCCUUUCCAUCAUAUUUCCCCAUUAGAGUGCCCCUUUCCAUCACGUGCCCAUCAGAGUGCUCCUUUCCACAGUAUGUGCCCAUUUGUGCCCCCUUAACAUAACAGGUGCCUAUCAGAGAGACGCUUAACAUAAAAUGUGCCUGUCAGAGUGCCCCUUAACAUAA